AUGUUCACAAAACCCGCGGCCUCGCCCACAUCUACGGGGUCUGGAAAUCUCGCCAUCUCGCCCGUGGCUGCGAACCCGGCGUCGUCGACACCGACAACUAGGAGUAGCCGACUCCGAGGCCUGAGCUACCUCCGCAACUAUACGCAAACCCAUCUUCUGUCUCGUGAUCACGGCUCUCACGGCUCCCACGGGACCGCGCAGCCUGCGUCCCCAACGCCGUCACCUUCUACUGCCACCACGAAUCCUUGGUUUGGUGCUGCCCGCAAGGAGCGGGAAUCACCCGCCGGCACCGCCUCGGACAGUCACAGCAACCCCUCCCCUUUGUCUCGCGGCAACCGCUUGUCGCAACUCGUACCCACGCUAGCUCAUCCGCUCGGGCUCUCGACAUCGUUCUCCGAAGGAAAGGGUCAUACUAGUGGUCCCACGGCUGGGGCUGCGUCGGGGAACCAUUCAUCGGAGUCAUCUGCUUUCCCCUCUCUCAACGACCCAGACACCCCCGAUCGGACCGCGGACGCCGCUAGGCCCAUACCGCCAACUGACAACAUGGCGAGAGCACGUUCCGCGACAACCGGGGACGCCGUCAGCGGCAGCCUCGACUCUCUACCCUCCAUUCGCUUCAGUACUUUCUACGACCCCCGCGCUACUCGCCCAUCGCUGAAGUUCGCACCUAUUUCUAGGACGCUUCCGACGGGCAGGGAGGUGAUCCGGGUGGGCAGAUACUCCGAGAGGGAUACUCAGCCCAACGUUCCUGCAAACGCUCCUUCGGCGGCUCCCGUGGGUUUCAAGAGCAAAGUAGUCAGUCGCCGGCAUUGCGAGUUCUGGUAUGAGGAUGGAAAGUGGUAUAUCAAGGACGUCAAAAGUAGCUCGGGCACCUUUCUUAACCACAUCCGCCUCAGCCCUCCUGGCACCGAGUCGAAGCCGUACCCAGUCAACGAUGGGGACAUUGUGCAGCUGGGCAUUGACUUCAAAGGGGGCGAGGAGAUGAUUUUCCGCUGUGUCAAGAUGAGACUGGAGCUGAACCGUGGUUGGCAGAACAAGCUGAACAAUUUCAACCUGGCAACACACAAGAGGUUAAGGAAUCUGACGACUGGUUCGGCCAACAACAACACGUCAGGGUCAUACUCACAGGACUGUUCAAUAUGUCUGAACAGCAUAGCGCCGUGCCAAAGCCUCUUCGUCGCUCCCUGCUCCCACACAUGGCACUAUAAAUGCAUUCGCUCUCUCCUGUCCGCGCCGUCUUACCCCAUCUUCAUCUGCCCCAACUGCCGUGCGGCAGCUGAUCUCGAGGCCGAAGUUGAAGACCCUGAGGAAUGGGAGCAGCUCGACUCGGACGAAGGCGCGGCGCCGCAGGACGGAGCGCUACUGCAACCCCCUCCGGCGGACCCCAGCAAUCCAAGUGGCGCGGUCCCGUCUUCAGCUCCCCGGAGGUCUCGCGAGUCAGCACGCAGCGCUCGCUUCACUCAACCACCACAGCCAAACGAGGUUCCCGAAGUGGACAUGCUCCUCGAGCCCGAACCGGCGCAGCAAGCCUCGUCUUCCCCACAGCUCGGCGGGACUGCCACGGCACUCCCCGAUCCGACAGUCUUGUCACAUACGAUGUCGAAUCCCAUGCCCAUCCCUGCCCAGCGCAGUAUCCUGCCCGGCGAUGGGCGCCGCGAGACAAGGACGCCGUCGCCCACGGGAGCGCCCGUGACUAAUGGUCACGAGGGCCCCAUCACGCCAAGAAACGAUGCUGGUCCAUGGGUGUUUGAUGGGAGUGGUCUUAGGUUGGGGGUUGGGGGUGGCACUGCUGUCACCGCAGGGGAUAAUAAUACCGCCUCACAUCCAUCAAGGCUUAGCAGUCUCGAGAGCGCCGUGCAAGCUGCUGGAGCCCGACUACAGCGAGAUGGAGAUGAUAUCUCCUAA